CACGGGGGUAUCUCUAUCCUCUUCUAUUUUAUAUUCUUUCGCCGACGCCGGCGGCAGACGACGGCGACGAAGCUAGUUUAAUCGCAACGUCUCCGGGGGCUCGGAGGCGGGAAGGUAGGAAGACGGACGGAAUUCUCGCGGCAACGGUGUGGACCAACCUGGCUGCUUCCCGGUACCUUACUUGCCUGUCUAUCCCGUCGUGCUUCGUGCCUAGGUGAAAUGCGUGUGCCCUCACCUGCGAGACGGCCCGCGAACGGUGGCCCAGUUCCCCCUCUUUUCCCAACCCACGCCGCCUCCGCUCGCAAGCAACGAAUGCCCCUCCGGCAGACGGGCGCGCGCGGCGGCCCGCCGUGCCUCGUGGUCUCGCUCUCACCCCCCCUCACUCUCUCUCUCUCUCUCUCUCCUGCAUGUCUCUGGCCACGGCAUGCACAGCGCCACCACCGACCUAUAUAUGCCUGGUAGGUACCUACCUAAUGUAUGUAUGCGUAUAUAUGUAUAUUGGGGGUACUACAUCCGGGCCGAGCCGGGCAUGCGCACGUACGCUUGUUUGCAGUAGAAUAAAUAGCAUCGCACUGCACCCAGGCCUUUUCGCCUGGCGCACACGUGCGCGGGCAGGGCCCGACCCGAAUGGUGGAGGCGCGCAAUGCGUCCGGCGGUGCUCUUCCGGUGGUGGUGGCAUACGACGGCCAAGGGAAGACGGGACAAGAGAGAGAGAAAAAAAAGGGCCCGGACGUCUAGGCGCUCGCUCGCUCGCCCCCUCCCCCAAGCCAGUGUGGGAGAGGAGGGCGAGUUCGUGGGUGAGAACAAGGAGGAGAAUCACAGGUGCGAAGACGUGGGACGCGGGACGAAGAAGUGGAUGGGUAAUCAGGUCGAUAAUAAGAAGUAGAUAGCGCCUAUAAUACCGAGAUAGGAAGAAGAAGAGGAAUGAGAAGAA